AAUAUAUACGAAUCAGCUGUGUACAUCUCACUUAGUCACCCCUGCACCAAGUACGUUUUCUCCGAGGUUCCCAGCCAAUGUCAACGCCAAUCAGCUGUUUCCACAACCACAGACCCAUGGCGUGACGCGGACAAGCCAACCCGGCAUAGGAGCGCCUCGUUUGAAAAAUCCCAAAAGAUGGGAGACUACACAUUUAUUUGCAGGUUUAUAUGUCUGCAACUACUUUUAUUUACCUUGUUGACCAGUGUGGAAGUUGAGACCGCGUCGAACUUGUUGGAUGACGACGGAGGCUGGACAACGGAAGACAAGGAUAGGAUUGCUCAGCCUGGACCGUGCAACAUUAAUGUGGAAGAUGGAUCCCUGACUCAGGAAGACUUUAUAAAGAAAUAUGCAUACUCCGAGCCAGUUGUUAUCAAGGGAGCAACAGAUAAUCAGGUGUUUCAGACUCUCACUCGCCGUUCAGCAUUAUUGGAGGGUUACGGACAUACAACUGUACGUUUGAGCUCAGCCAAUAGCUAUAGCUAUGCCAAAAAAGAUGUUACAUUCAAUGAAUACUGCGUUAGCCAUGUCCAUCCUCAAAAAUUAACUACUCUUGGGAAUGAGACUUUUUACUUCUUUGGUGACAACAAUCACGAGGAGUGGCAAGACCUUUUGGAGCAGUAUAUACAACCUCCUUAUAGAUUACCCUAUCAUUUGCCAGCAUUGAGUUUUGGUCUUGCAGGUCCAGGGACUGGUGUUCCCUUUCAUUUCCAUGGGCCAGGAUUUGCAGAGACCAUGUGGGGACGAAAAAGAUGGUUCAUGUACCCUCCGAAUGUGAACCCUAACUUCCAUCCUAAUCGCACAACAUUGCAGUGGUUGAUGGAAGACUAUCAGCUAAGAAAAGAUGAUCCUAAUUUGUAUGAAUGUACACUUAACCCUGGAGAGAUUAUUUAUUUUCCUGACAAGUGGUGGCAUGCAACUCUCAACAUUGACAGCAGUGUUUUUAUAUCAACUUUCCUCAGUCCAUAAUCUUUGUAUUGAAAUGAAAUGGGAUCUGGUAAUGGUAAUGGUUUAAUGUAUGUGUACAUCAGUUCUGUAAAUUAGUUUAUACCCCAUGGCAUUUUAAAUGCAGACUCUCCUAAGAUGAGUUGGUGUCUACUUUCAUAAAUAGAAGACCACACAUUCCAUAGAAAGGACAGUUAAACUUGCCAAUUAAUGUGUCCUCUUUGCCAUUUCUUUAUUCAUUAAAAGAAGUGUAGAUAUAGGUACAUGUUCAGUAUCUUAAUAGCUCAUGUGAAGACGAUAAUUUUUUUUUUGUAUUUAUGAUCUGGCUUACUAUGUCCUUUUUGUAUCAUUCAAGGGUAUUAUGACUGGACUGAUAUUCUAUUUUUUCAUAUAAUUGUGGUAAUACAAAUCUAAUGUAAGUCAGGUUGCAUCUUUUCUUGAAAGUGCAUACUUGGAAACUAUAUAGAAAUGAUUUUUCUAUAUUUAAUGCAGGACAGUGCUGAGUUAUCUAUUCUAACAUUUUACUGGUUUUAAGAUGACUGACAGUUCAUAACUAUAAUAGAACUGGCUCUGGAAAACAUAAGAUUGUGUAAUUUCAGGAAUAACGGAUAAAGUAUCAGGAGAAUAGAGAAAUAGAGAAACUUUUGUUCAGAUAAACAUAUACUAUAUGUAUUUGUGCAUGUACCUGAUAAAUUGUCAAGUAGUCAAUCUGCAGUUUCAAAGAUAAAUCUAAUACUAAAGUAAAGGUUGCAUACUAUUUAUAAUUAAAUUGUAAAUUUGCAUAAAGUAGACAGGUUAAAAAGUUGUCUGCAUAUACUCUGGCUGUGAGAUUAAACUAUAUAGAGAUUUAAAUACUUUUUUUUUUAAGAAUAUUUGCUGUUUCUGUGGUGAUGGGUAACUUUUAUAGUUCAGUUGAAUUACUGAAAUGAUCUUGGCUAAAUAUUUAAGUCACAAAGCUUUUAUAAAGACAAGUAGUUUUGCAAACAUGUUUUUUGAUGUUGGGGACAAACCUAGUGGGACCAAUAUUGCUAUUUAAAUUCUAAUUUUUCUUAUUCUGUUUGUUAUAUUUCACUCAAUAGGAAUUGUAAUUUCUAAGAGAAGUUUAAUUUAAAUAAGACUAAUGAACUGUUCCACAAGUGU